AUGGAUUUCGCAUCCCUCAUGUCCAAGGAGAUCGCGAAAGCGAAAAAGCCAGAAGCCGAGGCCGCCGCCUCUGGCAAAUACAUCAAGCGCUCCGACGCCGAGGCCGCGCGGCAGAAGGCAUACCUAGCGGAACAGAAGGAGCUGGAAGAGAAGCGCGCCGCCCGGGCUGCCGAAAAGCGCAAGCGCGAGGAGGACGCCGCUGAGGAGGCCCGCGUGCGCGAUGAGAAGCGCCGCCGACUCGAGGAGGACACGCGGAGGCGGCGCGAGGAACAGGAGCGGGAAGAGGAGCGCAAGCGCAGGAAACGUCUGGGCCUGCCGGAGCUCAAGGAGCAAGAAGACGGCGCGGACGCGGAUGCGGACGGCCAGGACGGCGGCGAGGACAUCCCCGAUGACGACCUCGUGGCCAAGUUGCGGGAUCUGGGGCACCCCGCGACGCUCUUCGGGGAAUCUCACAAGGGUCGGCUGAGACGAUACAGGAAGCUGACGACAGUGGUGACCAAGGGCCCCAUACCGACGACGCUGCAGCUGGUGGACGAGAAGGACAUGAAGGUCGACGGGGCCAUGCCCAAGGACAAGGAGGCGCGGAGGUACCUGUUCCGGCAGCUGGCGUCGUACUUCACCAUGGUGCUGCGCGAGUGGGAGCGGGCGCUGGCGCAGGAGGAGCGGCGCGACACGUUCGAGAGCAAGGCGGCCGUCAACGCCAUGGUGCAGAGCCGCGAGAACAUGACGCCGCUGUUCCGGCGGCUCGAGAAGGACGAGCUGGACGACGACAUCCUGCAGCCCGUCAUCGAGAUCGUCAAGGCCGCCCAGGAGCGCCGCUACGUCGACGCCAACGACGGCUACCUGCGCCUGAGCAUCGGCAAGGCCGCCUGGCCCAUUGGUGUCACCAUGGUGGGUAUCCACGAGCGGAGUGCCCGCGAGAAGCUGCACAACGGCGAGAGGGGCCACGUCAUGGGAGACGAGGUCACGAGGAAAUACCUACAGAGCAUCAAACGCUGCCUCACGUUUGCGCAGGUGAGGUGGCCGCCGGAGGAUGUUAGACAGUUGAUGGGCUAG